AUGGGUGGGGGAAAAUUACAGGUGGAUGACAUUCAACUAUCUGACAUCACUCGGGGGGACGAUUACCUUAUUGCCAUUUCGCGAAUGUUGAACCAACUAGCCACCCAGCUGGUCAAACUCCGCUUUUUAAGUAAUGUCAUCGAGUACAAAGGGAAAUCUCUGUUCGGCAAUUUCGAUUACAUACCCCCAACCAGAUUCAAGUUGCCGAGAAUGAUGUCGAAAUUACGGCUGUUUCGCAACGAUCUGGUCGACAUUUUUAGGUGUUCGGACGACCUCUUUGAAAGUAUGUCUGCUAUGGAAACUUUGCUGAUUGGGGAUAUAAAUCGACAUCCAAGAUUUGUAAAUAAAAUUUUGCGAAAUGUUUGUUCCGCGAAAAUGAUUUGGCCAACCUUGCGGAAUUUGCGGAUUGUCGAGUUGCACGAUCCCCAACUCUUGGAGGGAUUGCAGGAGGCGUUUCCUAACUUGGUGAAGCUCACGGUGGACACACGGCACGCUGCGGACUUUCGCAGGUUAAACACCACGAUGAAGUUGCCUUUCGUUCUACCGGCCUGUUUGGGAUGGGAAGGGUUGAAACAUUUGAAUUUGGCGCUGCCAAGGUAUCCAGAGAAGAUUGUGGAUGUUAUCAAGAUUCUUUUGGAUUGCAAGGACUUGCUUACCCAGCUCAAAACGUUUCAAAUUACGAAGUACGAGUCGUGUUCCGUGUAUUCUGAUCUAACAGAAGGCGAGCUCGAUCUGUUCAAGGAACUUCUCAGCGCAAUGAAUGGAAUGGAGGAGGUCGAACUUUGCCAGUUUUACUUGAGCCAAAGGACAGUGAAAACUAUGCUCGCUUUCAUGAAGACGAACAAAAUCUCCAGAAUUAGAAUAAUUCAGGACGGAAAAAUAUUGCAUGACAUCGAUUAA